ACCUACCAGGAAAUGGAAAACGGUUCAACUCCCUUAUUUGCUGAUGUGUCUGUGUAUGAUGUGUUUGUGUGGAUGCAUUAUUAUGUGUCUCGAAAUGCCCUCCUGGGUGGGCCUGGGAAUGUCUGGGCCAAUGUAGACUUCGGACACUGGGCACCAGCCUUUCUGCCCUGGCACAGGGUCUACCUCCUGCACUGGGAGCACGAGAUCAGGAAGCUGACUGGAGACAUGACUUUCUCCCUCCCGUACUGGGACUGGCGAGAUGCACAGGGCUGUGAUGUGUGCACUGAUGAGCUGAUGGGGGCCAGACACACCCAGGAUCCCAACCUCCUCAGCCCAGGAUCAGUCUUCUCCUCCUGGAGGGUGCUGUGCUCUCGCCCUGAGGACUACAACAGCAGAGGCGUGCUGUGUGAUGUUCGUCCAGAGGGUCCACUGCGUCGUAACCCUGGCAACCAUGACCGAAACUUAGCUGAGCGGUUACCCACAUCUGCAGAUGUAGAGUUUGCCCUGAGUUUAACGAGUUAUGACACCGGGGCUAUGGAUCGGACUGCUAACAUGAGCUUCAGAAACACGCUGGAAGGACUUGGAGACCCUCGCACUGGGUUGGGUAACAGCAACCGUUUGUCUCUGCACGCUGCUCUCCACAUCUUCAUGAAUGGGUCCAUGUCAUCUGUCCAAGGAUCUGCCAACGACCCCAUCUUCCUCCUUCAUCACGCUUUUGUCGACUGUAUUUACGAGGAGUGGAUGAGGAGGCACAGGCCUGCUCUUUCCCAGUAUCCUGAAUCAAACGCUCCCAUCGGACACAACGGAGGAUACUUCAUGGCGCCCUUUCUGCCUCUGCACAGAAACAGAGAGUUCUUUAUCUCCAGCAAAGACCUGGGAUAUGAAUACUCACAUCUACUGAGUGCUAACCAGCAAUUGUCAGAAGCCAUUCGUCCGUACCUGGAGGAGCUGCAGGAGGUGUGGGGAUGGUUGGUGCUGGCAGCUGUGUGUGGAGGGCUCCUGUCUUUGGCUUUGGCUGCAGUGGUUAUUCACACGAAAUACAAGUACAGCGCACCCACCUGGCUGCGUGCGCAUAAAUGGAGAAACUUUUUUGCUCUUCCAGAGAGAGAGCCACUCAUUUUCAGCCCUGAGAAAGAAGAGACAGGGUAUAACUACCAGAGUACAAUGUGACGCAUUCAGAAUAUUAAUAUGAAAGCGCUGUUAAACCUACUGCAUUUUAUUGUAUCUUUUUUAUUUCUAUAACCUCAAUUCUGAAAAUGUUGGGAUAUUGUGUGCAUUAAGAGGUGUUAUAAUAUAGUGAAGUCUCUAGCAUAAACUGAGCUGAAACUUAAAUGACUCCUUGGGCCAUGGCACAGGGGACAGAAGAACAAAAGUGCAUUUAAUUUUUAAUGCCAUUUAAAUCAGAGAGAGAGCAUGUCUGAGUGAAAUCGUCCCAUUUCCAAUGUCUGCUACUAAUACUGCUCCUUCUACAACUUAGUGGACUAUUUUUGUUAUAGCUACAACUAAAUAUGAACAUUUUUAGAGACCAUCUAAUUUGUUCUGCUAUUCCUGCUUAGUUUCCACCCAUUAUAUUUAAUAUUUUUCUUUAAAUGGGUAAUUUGAAAGUAUGUGCGUUUAUAAAAAGGUGAAUGUAAUAAAGUCUUUUUUUUUCGCAAGAGAUUCCCGAUAUAUAUAUAUUUUUUCUUUCUGUUGCAUCAUAGUGCCCUUAAGUGUCUGAUGAAAUAGUGGCAGCACAAAAGGCUGGAGUUCUAUUGUUAAAUCCAUGUAGAAGUUCACAGAGCAGACAUUUGAUUAACAUUUUAAUGGAUUCAUGUUUGAAGAUUUUAAGAAGGAAAUAUCUCAACAAAAAAGCCAAACAGUUUGAGACACCUUCACGGGGCAUGAAGUUUGGGGACAUUUGAAUUUUUUUGAGCAAAUUAUUUAAAACAGGUAAGAAUACCGCGUGACAUUUGUAAAAGUCACAGCUAUGUGGUUCAAACUCUUCACUCCAAAGGUCACGCAGUGCUUUUCAUGAGAAGUCAGUGGGGAAUAUCAAAUCCAAAGUAGUUGAAGGAGUACAAGUCUACAGAAAAAAAAAAAAAACAGCAUUUAAAUCUCACAAGUGGAAGAUCAUAUAAAAACAUGGUUUGUUUAAAAAAACUAAACAAAAAAGCAAUAAAAACAAAUCUCAGUAAAAUCUCAGAUCCAAUG